AUGGCGGCGCCCAGGCGCUCCCGCUCCCUGCGCUACAGCGGGACCUCCUCCAGCCCCAGCCCCGGGCCCCGCGGGGCGGCCGAGCCCGAGCUCGACUCCGAUUCCGAGCUCGACGACGAUGCCGAGCUGGAGCUGGAGUGCAGGUCGUGGCUCGGCGUGGAGAGCGAUGAGGAGCAGGACGGCGACGUGUCCUGGCCCUCGCAGCCCGGGGAGCCAUCGGCGGUGGCCGCGCUGCUGGAGCGCUGCGUGGCGGCGGGCGCCGUGAGCCAGGAGACCUUGGAUUUAACUUGCAGAAGAACGCCAUGCUUUGCGAAAUUCGCAGAGGUGGAAGAAAUGGUAAACAUGGAAGCUGAAAUCAACGAGAUAAAACUGAAAAUUGAAAUGAUGCAGUUGGAGAAUGAGACAGCAGACAUUACUCACCAUUUUUACUUAGGGAAAAAGUGCAAGAUUUUGCAAGAUAUGAACAAGCACCUGGAAGCCACACUGAAAGAGAAGAGGGAUCUCAGAAAGAGGUUGAUCAAACACGGAUGUCAAGAAAGCCUGCCUAUUGAGGCUACUUUUCACAGGUGUAUAGUAGAGUUGUUGACUGAGGCUGUGACUUUCAUUGAGGAGCUUGAAAGCCAUUUGCAGUCUGUGAGAAGCAUCCCUCAGAUUCCACAGAUGAUGAACAAUAUGGGCACCGCUUUGUCAAAAACAGAGAUGUGCGUGAUAGAAUUGGAGGAGCUGACAGAACAAAUACUGAAAUGGAAAGAACUGCAAAAGGAAGUGUAUUCUAACAAUGUAUGCAAUACUGCUGACUUGUUCUUUGGCUUAUCUUUAAUCUAACAAAUAAUAUUUCUAAAAUGGAUGACUACUCAAAGAACUACAUUCUUAGGGUCUUCUGUGAAAACUGCAACAUAAAUAUCUUUUAAUCCAACAGAGAAUUUGUAGGUAGUUAUAUUCUGUUAUUAAGUAACAGUUCUCCAACUAUUUACUAAAAAA